ACCAUGGCACAAGGAAAAAUAAAAGUCAAAACAAAUGUUCCUUUAAAAAAUGCAAAAAAUAAUAAAAAGCAAAAAGGCAAAGCAACAAUGAGACGUCCAAAUGCUCCAAUUCAACCCAAGAAGAAAAAGUUUGAAGAAUCCAGUAAACUAAAACAAAUGAUUACUAAAACUGUGAAUAAGUCUUUAGAAGCUGAUAUUCGUGCUAUUGCUGACGAUAAUAACAAGAUUCUGAGCGAAGCUCAAAAGGCUGUUGUGGCACACAAUUCGAGGAAAAAUGUUCCAGCUGCCCCUGUCCUAAAGAAAUAG